UCGUAAGGUAGCGUGGCCGAGCGGUCUAAGGCGCUGGAUUAAGGCUCCAGUCUCUUCGGAGGCGUGGGUUCGAAUCCCACCGCUGCCAAAAAGCUUUUUUCUUCCUUCGAUAAAUACAUGAAACAACCGAAUUCCAAUGCUGAAAGAAAAAUUCGAAUUAUGCCUGUCGCUUUCAGAAGUGUCACAUAAGUAUCUAAAUACACCGAAAGUCUUCACUGAACUUUGUGGUUCAGUGUCGUUCACAAGCAAGCUAUUCUAACUCGUCGUUAGCAAAUGCAUGUACAGUACAUACUGUACGAAUAGUACUCGCAUCAGAACUCUUAUUUUGAAAGUGCGACUGACGUCACAUUACGGAAGCGCUCCUCUCAGCCUGCUUAAAUUCAAUGACAGAUCACAGCACAGUUUGCACGUGUAUUUUCUACAAUCUCCGUUUUUACGUAUUCCAACAAUGGGCGGGCAUUUAAGUGAAUUUCCCCUUUAAAGCUCAGUUUUGUUUUAUAAGAUGACAGUGGCUAAUGUAAAGCGGGAAGGUUGGACACGGACUCUUGCUCUAACUGUGUGUUCUGCCGCCAUCGGUGGGACGUUUCAGUAUGGCUACAAUAUUUCCAUCAUCAAUGCACCUACAUCUCACGUGCAGAAGUUCAUUAAUGAGACGUGUAUGAAGAGAUGGGGUACAUCUCUCGAGUCGAGUCAGGUGACACUAAUAUGGACAAUUAUCGUUUCUUCGUUUUCACUUGGAGGACUUUUUGGAUCUCUGCUUGCUGGACCAAUGGCUAUUCAAUUUGGACGUAAGGGAGCGCUGCUGCUAAACAACUGCUUUCUUUUUCCAAGCGCAGUCUUUGUUUUGUGCAGCCGCUCGGCUGGAUCCUUUGAGAUGGUCAUUCUUGCUCGUCUGCUUGUGGGUGUCAACGCUGGGGUCAGUAUGAACGUCCAGCCUAUGUAUUUUGGAGAAAGUGCUCCUAAGCACCUCAGAGGAGCCGUUGCCUUCUCUUCUGCUGUUUUCACUGCUCUGGGAAUCUUGCUGGGUCAGGUAACCGGUCUGACUGAAGUUUUGGGGGGUGAAGCUCUCUGGCCUUAUCUACUGGCUAGCAAUGCUCUCCCCGGUCUAUUACAGCUGCUCACCCUGCCCUGGUUUCCAGAAAGCCCACGUUACCUGCUCAUCGACAAAGGAGAUAGCGAGGCAUGCAGCCGAGCUCUGAAACGCCUCCGAGAGUGCAGCGUUUUUAACUCUGAGAUGGAGGAGAUCCUUCAGGAGCGGGCGGACGCGGGUGAAGCUCGCGCCAAAACUUUGCGGGAACUGUUUACUGAUCGAAGCCUUCGCAGGCAGCUCUGUACGGUUAUGGCAGCCAGCAGUGCCAUGAUGCUCUGUGGUAAUGAUUCUAUUUAUUUCUAUGCAUCAUAUAUUUUUCAGGAAGCUGGUAUUCCUACGGAGAAGAUCCAGUAUGCCACAAUUGGCACAGGCGCUUGUGAGUUCACUUCCGCCUUGGUGUGUAAUCUACUUAUCGAACGUGUCGGCCGCAGGUUGCUUCUCGCAGGCGGGUACGCGCUCAUGUUCUGCUGGGCGGUGGUCUUCACAGUGGCUCUCUCACUGCAGGGCAAAGUGGCCGGCAUGCCCUAUCUGAGUAUGGUGUGCUUGUUUGCCUACAUCUUGAGUUUCGGCAUGGGUCCCGCAGGGGUCACAGGGAUUCUUCCUGCUGAACUUUUUGACCAGAUGGCACGUCCCGCUGCGUACAUGGUUGCCGGGUCUAUGAUGUGGCUUAAUCUGUUCCUUAUAGGAAUGGCGUUCCCUUUCAUUGUUAGCGGUCUAGGACAGUUUUGUUUCAUACCGUUUGGUGGUGUUUGUGUGGCUGCGUGUGUUUUCAUUGGUCUCACUUUACCUGAAACCAAGGGGAGGACACUGGCAGAGAUCACUGAGGAGUUCGACAAGAGGAGUAAGAAAGAAAUAUCUAAUGGGCAUUUGAAGUAUUGUCAGAGAGAGCAAAGUCAAAGUCUGAAUGAUCAAACAACAAAAUACUUGGAGAUUGAGAAGAUUUAAAUUUCAGGUUUUGUUUGUCAUACACACAAUGAUGCACUUUGAUAGAAACGUGUAAUAGCAUUGCUGACAGAAAGCACUUAUGCAAAAUGUGUUGGAAAACUUCAAUACCUCAUGUUAUGUUUCUGUUGAAAUACUGUUGUUAUUAUAGUGCUUGAAAACUAAAUCUUUUCACCUUUUUAUAGGGUCUGUUUUAUGACAAAAUGUUGUACUUCGGUGCUUAUUUAAUUAAAGAAGCUUAAAGGGCUAGUUCACUCAAAAAUGAAAAAUCUGUCAUCAUUAACUCACCCCCAGGUUGUUUCAAACCUAUAUACAUUUAUUUGUUCUGUGAAACACAAAGAAAGAUAUUUGUAAGAAUGUUAGCCAUUUUCAGUUCUGUGACAUCAUCCAAAUAUUAUUACCUACUAUUACCUACUACACUACCUACUAUUUUUUUGUUCUGUUGAAUACAAAGCUAUAUAUUUUGAAGAAUUUAGUAAAACAAACAGUUCUGGGGCACCUUUGACUACCAUUUAAUUUGUUCUACCAUGGCAGUCAAUGAUGUCACAGAAUUUAAAAUUGCUAAUAUUCUUCCAAAUAUCUUUUUCUGUGUUCAUCAGAACAAACUAAUAAUUUAUACAGGUAUGAAAUCAAUUAGGAUGAAUCAACAGUUGUUUAUAGGCUUAAAGGGAUAGUUCACCCACAAAUAAAAAUUCUGUCAUCAUUCACUCACCCUCGAGUUCCAAAUCUGUAUACAUUUCUUUGUUCUGAUGAACAGAGAGAAAGAUAUUGGUUGUUUGCAAUCAUGUUAAACCUCGUAAGCGUUUUUAAAAAGUUACCCAGCUUGGCUCCUCCUGACCACAGAUUCUGGUUUACAAGCCGUUUUUAUCUCCGUUUCUCAGUCAAUACUCGCAUGUUCCCCUGGCCUUUCAUGAACAUCAAUUUUUGCUACACAAUAAAAACACCUUGUGGUUUCAUGGUUCGAUUUUAACAUCAAUGCAAAAUGCAGGCAUUUUGAGUUUGUGAUAGAGAAUUCCUAUGGAGAAAAUCACUUGCUGCCCUCCAUCUGCACUUUGUGCAGUGCCGUGACGUCAUGUGCAAACAACCUAUUUGAAAGAUUGCUUGUUGAAACCAAACAGUUCUUGGCCACCACUGACUAUCACAGUAUGAAAAAUUACAAUACUAGUCAAAAGUGCCACAGAACUGUUUGCUUUCUUACAUUCUUUUAAAUAUCUUCUUUUAUGUUCAACAGAACAAAGAAAUUUGUAAAGCAUUUUUCCUACUAUGGUAGUCAGUGGUGGGAAUGAACUGUUUGGUUACAAGCAUUCUUCCAAAUAUCUUUCUCUGUGUUCAUCAGAACAAAGAAAUUUAUACUUGCUGGAGGAGGGUGAGUAAAUGAUGACAGAAGUUUCAUUUUUGUGUGAACUCUUCCUUUAAGUGGCCUUAUUUGUUAUGACUUAAGGUUUAUGUAAGGUUUAUAAUUGAAUCUUUAUUUAUUUUAAGGAAGAAUGGACAAAUUGUGGUCUUUUUCUUACUCUUUCCACACAUUUUCAUUUUUUCAAGUGCUGCUAGGUGAUAUAAAGUGUGCAAUAGAAAAGACGCAUGCAAUCUGGAUUACCUAAUAAAACAUGCAUGUCUGUGUAGAUUGAUUCUUGAAAUCUGUGAAUCCUGAUGCUUGCCAAAGAUGUACAAAAUUUUGCACUGAAAUCUUUUACCUCAUUUAUUGGUCACAUAUUCUGAUGUUGUUAAUUAUUUAUUAAUUAAAUAAUUACUUUAUUUAAAGAGAGAUAUGUAUUCUCAAAGCAACACUCAAAGAGCAAUGCAUAGUUUUACAUUGCUGGGUUAUUGCAAGACAUUUUCAGCAUGUAUAAAACUUGUAACUUAUUGCCUGUUUGCACCAGCAGAUGGCAGUAUAUCGUCAUUUAUUUCUCUAUAGUGUAUACUGUAUUUUAAUGUAAUGAAUAUUUUUCCUUGUAAACAAGGUCACAUGUAGCAUGUCAUUGUAUUUAGGUGAAAGCCAGUUGUAAGAAGAGGGCAAUCAGCAUUAAUACUGUCUAAAUAACCUUGUAUUGUUUGUGCCUUCAAUUUUACAUAGUGGCUCUUUUGUUCUUGUGUCUGCUAUUCUGUCUGUAUACGUACAUAUCUAUGUUUAAAGCAGUAACUAUUUCAUCCUGAUGUAAUCAAAUUAUAUUGAUCUGUGGGAAAUGCUGCUGUGUUGUUUUAAUGUCUGUGUAUUUUGAAUAUGUCAGACAUUUUAAACCUAUUAUCAAAGUUGCUUGAUGUACAAAACAAAAAUAAACUAAUAUGAAAAUUGAUGUUGAUAUGAAAUUAAGCUUUAAGGAAUAGUUCACCCAGCAAUUAAAAUUCUCUCAAACUUUACCCUUACCCCAAUUCUCAGGUGUAUAUGGGUAUAGGCGACAGAUAUAGCGUGACAAGCAACAAUUUAGAAAAAAACUAACAAAGAAGAUAAAUAUCUUAUGGUAUUUUAUACUAUAAAUAUUAAUCAUAAAGUAAUAUGAUUGUUGAAGCAAUUUUUGUUGUAGUUAUAUAUUUGUCCAUUGGGUGGCACUCUGGUAUAGAAUACCCAUGGUAUAUCAGGGUAAUGGGAUAAUGAGACAACAGGUGUGUAUUGGUAGUGGGGAAGCACACCGUUUUUGACCGUUUUAGGCGGUGCUUCAUUAUGUUAAACAUGCUUUUUGGAUUAUGUGUUGGACCAAGUUGAACAGUAUGCUGUAUCUACAAAGUAUGGAUUUUGUGUGGACUUUACUGUGAACCAAACAAAAUGACAACACAGGAAAGCAGAAUAAAGAAAGAGACUAUUUGCAUCUUACAUCUGUUACUCAAAUUUUUUACACGUCAACUACUUACUCAUA